CCGAAUUAACCAAACCGGUUGAUUUCCCCCUCCACAAGACAACCAGCUGCCACCAACAAUUUACUAUAAAUACAAAAAUCUAUGGCAAUGUAAUGGUCCAAAAGGGAAAGUUUAUUGAAUUAAGCAAACAAUCAAGAAUGGAGGAAGAAUUAAAGAAGAAGCUUGAAGAAUUACAGAAGAAAUUAGGGAAGAAACAAAUGUUUGAGGAAGCUGUAUCCACAAUUAGAUCUCUUCUUCUUCAAUAUUAUCCUUCUGCUUCCCAAUCUCUUCGUAAUUCGUUCUAUACGGUUGUAUGUCGGGUUGCCACCAUUUUAAAGACAAGAUACACAAUGCCUGGAUUUUGGAAUGCUGGACUCGGGCUAUUCAUUGAGGCUGAGCACCUGGUGUCAGGGUCGUCUGAGAAGAAACAUUUGCAGAGUUGCAUUACUCAGGCGCGAGAGCAGUUAGCUGAAGUAGUGAAUGAAUCUCAGAAUACAACAUCAACAGAAAAUGGCUCAAAUAGAAGAUUCCUUUUUGAGGGGCAUCUAACUGUUGACCCUGAGCCUGAGCAGCCUGCUUGGCUCGAGCAGUCUAAUCUUCUCACUGCCGCUGCAGCACUUCUGGCUGGUGAAUCCUCUCAAGGUGAUCCAGCCAAUGUUAACGCUUCGGAAGGUGGUCGCAAUGUACUUGAGGAGCUGGUUGCUAGACUAGAUAAUAUAAUACCAGAGAUGCUGGACGACGGUCCUGCUGCCCCGAGAAGGCCACCUGCCAGUAAACAAGUCGUGGCAAACCUCCCAGUUACUACUGUCACAGAUGAGUUCUUGACAAAGCUUGGUGCAGACGCGGAAUGUGCAAUUUGUAGGGACGUGUUAGUUGUAGAUGACAAGAUGCAAGAGUUGCCCUGCAAGCAUAUGUUUCACCCUCCUUGCCUGAAGCCAUGGCUGGAUGAGCACAACUCUUGUCCAAUUUGUCGGCAUGAGUUGCUCACAGAUGACCAUCACUAUGAGAGCUGGAAGGAGCGAGAAAAGGAGGCGGAGGAAGAAAGAAAAGGGGCUGCUAAUGCAGUUCGUGAGGGUGAAUACAUGUAUGUAUAAUGAAACAGUACUCAAUUGAAUUGAAACUUCUGCUUGUCUGCUUUUGCUGACAAUUUGGGCCCUGGUGGAGGAGAUUAACAAAUUUCUUUUAUAUAUUGGGUGUAUAAAUGUACAAUUUACCCUCUUUGGAUUUACUUGGAAUCCAUCUAUAUAUUCGAUUUUCUGCUGCUUUUGAAUUGCUAGUCUGGCGUGCUUUAACACAUUCAUGAUUCAACAGCAAGCCGCAUGGAUUGUAUACGGAUGAUUUUUCAAUAUAGUGAAAGGACUACGAUGCUGAA